ACCAGAAAACGAAACAGUAAAAAAAGAAGAAAAAGCAGGUCUAGCCUAGAAGAUCCAAAACGGCUUCCUUUCAGACGCCUCACAAAAACUCCCUCUAAUUGUGUGUGUGUGUCUCGUAUCCUUUCCUUCUCUGCAUAUCUCUAUCUUGAUGUGUUGUUAUUAGGACGCCCCUGAAAGAAACAAUGAAGACCAAACUUCUUCCUUUUCUGCUUCUCCUUCUUCACGAACCGGUUUCUGUUUAUGCUUCAGCAGGCCCCCCUGCUCCUGCACUCCCUCUCCAGGCUAAUUCUUCAAUUCCUUCUUCAAUGGAUGCUUCCUCCCCAGGUGUUCAGGUAGAGAACAAAGAACACCAAAUGGAUUUACACAAGAAGAUGGUAAUAGCGCUCGCCGUUGUUAGUACAGCACUCGUUGUAGUCAUUUUUUGCUUCUUGUGCUUCUGGAUUUAUAGUAGGAAGCAUCUAUCCAAAUCUAAUAGGAAAAGCGUUCCUAACUCAGACGCCGAGAAAGAGCUUGCGCUUGCUCCAUUUUUAAGUAAAUUCAGUUCUGUCAAAGUGGUUGGGAAAAAAGGGUCUCUUCCAAUCAUUGAUUACAAGCAAAUAGAAAAAGCGACCGACAAUUUCCGGGAAAGUAACAUCCUGGGGCAGGGUGGAUUUGGAUGUGUUUACCAGGCUCGGUUGGAUGAUAAUCUGGACGUUGCCGUCAAGAAACUACACUGUGAAACUCAAAGUGCCGAGAGAGAAUUCGAGAACGAGGUGAAUUUGUUGAGCGAAAUCCGGCAUCCAAAUAUAAUUUCUAUACUCGGUUGCAGCGAAAAUGAUGACAAGAGGUUCAUUGUCUAUGAAUUGAUGCAAAACGGAUCCCUGGAAGCUCAGUUGCACGGACCUUCUCAUGGUGCGGCAUUGACCUGGCAUAUGAGAAUGAAAAUUGCUCUUGAUACAGCAAGAGGAUUAGAAUACCUCCAUGAGCACCGUAAACCUCGAGUGAUCCAUAGAGAUCUGAAAUCAUCUAAUAUUCUUUUAGAUGCGAACUUCAAUGCCAAGCUGUCUGAUUUUGGGCUGGCCAUAUUGGAUGGGUUCCAAAGCAAGAGUAACAUAAAGCUGUCAGGCACAUUGGGGUACGUUGCCCCUGAAUAUCUCCUUGAUGGAAAAUUGACUGAUAAAAGUGAUGUGUAUGCAUUUGGGGUUGUGCUUCUGGAGCUGCUGUUAGGAAGGAAGCCGGUGGAAAAACUGUCACCAUCUCAUUGCCAAUCGAUUGUCACAUGGGCGAUGCCACAGCUCACGGACAGAUCAAAGCUUCCAAACAUAGUAGAUCCUGUAAUCAAGGACGCCAUGGACCUCAAGCACUUAUACCAGGUUGCUGCGGUGGCGGUGCUGUGCGUGCAACCAGAACCAAGUUACAGACCGUUGAUCACAGAUGUGCUGCACUCUCUGGUGCCUCUCGUUCCGGUGGAGCUUGGAGGAACUCUCAGACUCUCACAUGUGCCCACUCCGUUAUGGCGUAACCAGAUUCCACCCACCUUAUUUAUUAAUGUUGUUGCCCCGUCAUUCUUGUUUUUGUCAACCCUUGACUUCACCGAAGAAGCACCGCUUCAUCUUCGGAGCAAGGCUGAUCGGAUUGGGGGUCCAGCAGCAUUGAUUUGUUCGUCACACAUGUAAACAAAUUCGUUCGUUCUAGUUUCAUACAACAUAAAACUUCCCCGCCCAUGGGGAGGAUAGAAUGUAUAGAGGGAUCCAUUUGUAGAAUGUUAUAUAUUUGGAUGAAUAUAAUCCUUACUCUAACGUUCUUCUUUUUCCUCA